GAAACUUCCCAUCAUCCUUUGGAAGGUCCAGUCACUCGGGAGCAGCUGAACCGUUACCGAAAUGUGGCUGAAAAUGUUCGAAGUGAACUUGCAGCAACUUUGGUCAAAUUUGAAUGUGCCCAGUCUGAGCUUCGAGACCUCCGUUCCAAGAUGCUUUCUAAAGAAGUUUGCUAUCAGGAACUGAAAGCUGAACUGGAGAGUUACAAAGAAAACAGCAGAAAAUCAUCUCUUCUCACCUCUUUGAAGAGCAGAGUUCAGGAGCUCGAAGAAGAAUCGGUGGCACUUUCCAGUUCCAGAAUCAGAGCAGAAACCACAGCUCAGACUGCAAUCAAGGAGAAGCAGGGACUCAUGAAGAAAGUUGAGGAACUAGCCGAGAAAUUACAAAAAUGUUUAAAGGAAAAUGAGGAGACAAAGAAACAAGUCUCAGAGAAGUGCAGGAGACACGAGGAAUUUCUAACUCAACUUCAUGACUGCUUGGAUCCAGAGAAGAAGCACGAGAAGGCAUUGGAUGAAGAUUUUAUGUUAAAGCUUAGAGAGCUGCACAAGGAAAAUGCAUCCAUGAAAGGACAAAUUGUUACACUUGAAGAGACAAUAAACGUCCAUGAGAUGGAGGCAAAAGCUAACAGAGAAACGAUCAUGAGGCUGGCGUCAGACGUCAACAGAGAGCAGAGCGGAGCAGCCUCCUGCAGUGAAGAGAAAGCCAAGUUGAACCAGGAGUUGCUCAUUGCUCUGCAGGCAAAAGAAGCUCUUGAAAGGGAAGUUAAGAUCUUCCAAGAAAGGUUACUUGCUGGUCAGCGGGCCUGGGAUGCCUCGAAGCAGGAACUGAGUCUCCUGAAGAAAGGUUCACAGGAGUUAGAGGCAAGCUUGAAGGCCAGUCGGGAUGCAGCCACAGCCUCACAAAGCCAGAACUCCUCCUUUAGGGAGAAAAUUGCAGCCCUCCUUAGGGGCAGAUUGGAUGUGACUGGGUCCACAGAAGAUGCCAUUUUGGAGAGGAUUCAAAAAAUGGGUGACCAGGAAGAGAGCAGGAAAAGGAUGGUCUCCCAGCUGGAAGCCCAAGUAUCUGAGCUUGUGGAGCAGUUGGGAAACGAGUCUGAAUUUCACCAGAAAGCUCUGCAGAGGGCCCACAAGGCAGAAAACGAGCUGGAGACUCUUCAGGACCAGCUGACACACCUGGAGGGAGAGCUGGUGUCUGGAGCUGUUUUGCGAGACAACUUGAAUCUCGAGAAGCAAAAAUAUCUGAAAUUUCUGGAUCAGCUGUCAGAAAAAAUGAAAUUAGGCCAUAUGGCUGCUGAACUUGGCUUUGACAUGCGUCUGGAUGUAGUUUUAUCUCGUACAGAGCAGCUGGUCCGCCUUGAGAACAGCGCAGUCAUCGAAAACAAGACUAUUGCCCACAAUUUACAGAGAAAGCUGAAGACUCAGAAGGAACGACUGGAGAGCAGAGAGCUCCAUAUGAACCUCCUUCGGCAGAAAAUAGUGCAACUGGAGGAGGACAAGCAGGUGCGCACGGCCUUGACCGUGGAGAGGGAUGAUGCCCAUCUCACCAUCAGGAAGUUGGAGAAGAAGGUGGAGAGGAUGCAGAAGGAGCUGAGCAUGUGUCGUGAGUCCAACACUGAGCUCAAAGCCAAGCUGGCUGAUACCAACGAACUUAAGAUUAAAACUCUGGAACAGACCAAAGCCAUUGAAGACUUAAAUAUAUCCAGAGAUAAGCUGGAGAAGAUGAAGGAGAAAGCUGAGGAAAAGUUGAUGGCUGUCCAGUCGGAACUGGAUGCCACUGAGCUUGAGGCUAAGGAGGACAAGGAAAGGGCAAGAAACAUGAUAGAGGUGGUAACCAGUGAAAUGAGGACCCUCAAAAAGUCUUUGGAAGAGGCAGAAAAGAGAGAAAAGCAGCUGGUGGACUUCAGGGAGGUGAUUUCCCAGAUGCUGGGCUUAAACAUGACCACUCUUGCCCUUCCUGACUAUGAGAUCAUCAAAUGUCUAGAAAGACUGAUCCAUUUAUAUCACCAUCACCUUGUUCCCUGUGCCUGCCUCAGAGACAUGACGACUGGGGAAGAUAGGCACCCACACGACCACUUAAAACUUCUUCAUUGA